AUGGAUAGUGGUGGAGCUGUGGUGAUACAUUUUGAUCAUGGUGGAGACCGGCAUAUUUCUACAUUAGUGAUGAAAGGAAGAUAUGAGGAGAUUACUUAUUCUCGCUUGGUUGAUAGAAUAUGCAAGAAAAUGAAUAUUGAUGUAGUUGCGACAAAGCUUCAACUGAGUUACUUUCCUCUGGUCGUGGAUAAUAAUAAGAGGCCUUCCUAUAUUCUGGAUGAUGAAGAUGUUUUAGGAUAUUUAAUGGAGGUAGAUAAGAAAAACCGGCGUAGUGUCUUGCACGUGGAGCUUUCCGAAAUUGUCUCAGAAAAUCAGAGUAAUGAGCAGUUCUCUAUGAAUGAGGAAAUUCAUAAUGGUGGCAGAGCUAAUGAUGGUAUGGUUGGAGUUGAGGAGUUGGCAAUUGUUCCUCAAAAACAAUCAGAUGGGUAUGAGCAUGAGAAAAGCAAUGAAGAGGUUGAUGAAAUGGAUGACAGAGAGGAGAUGGCGGCUGUUACACCAGCUGAAGAACCAGUUGUCAAUAUUGAGUGGGAUGAUGGUAUUGAUAUGAGUUUGCAUCAAGAAUUUGCGACUAAGGAUGAAGUGAGGGAUUUAGUGGACAAAGGAGUGCAUUCGAAUUGUUUUGAGGUUGAUAUAUUGAAGUCGAAUCCUAAUCUGUAUGUAUUGAAAUGUCGUGGAGUUGGAUGCAGAUGGUAUUUACGAGCUGCAAAGCUGAAAAAAUCUAUUUUUUUCACUAUCAGAAUGUAUAGAAAGAUGCAUACAUGUUCUCGGGGAGAGGGAAGCAUAACCAAGAGGGGGAAAAGAGGCACACCAAGUAUGGUCGCAUCAGUGGUUCACGCAGAUUAUCCAGGCCAAUUCAAGACUCCAGAUCCAAAGACUCUCAUAAGUUUGGUAAAGAACAAACUAGGUGUCAAGGUUUCAUAUUCUACGGCUUUGAGAGGGAAACACCAAGCUGUCAGUGAUCUGCGUGGUAACCCUGAGGAGAGUUUUGCUAGACUCCCAUCUUACUUGUACAUGUUAGAAAAGAUGAAUCCUGAUACCAUCACACGGUUAGUAGUGGAUGAGACGAACCAGUUCAAGUAUAUGUUCUUCGCGCUCGGAGCUUGCAUUGAAGGGUUUAAGGCGAUGAGGAAAGUGAUAAUAAUGGAUGGAACUCACCUGAAGGGUGUGUACAAAGGAGUGCUUCUCAUUGCCACUGCUCAGGAUCCAGACCAUCAUCAUUAUCCUCUCGCUUUUGCGGUAGUAGAUGGUGAGAAAAAUGCGAGCUGGGAGUGGUUUUUGACUACACUGAAAACUUUGAUACCAGAUGAUCCUCAGCUUGUAUUUUGUACUGAUAGAAACCAAAGCAUCAUCAAGAAAGUACACGAGGUGUACCCAUUGGCGAUCCAUGGAUAUUGCAAUUAUCACUUGUCUAUGUAA